UUUUCUAUUUUUUUAUUAUAGGUAACCGAGAACGAAGAAAGCUACCAAACAUAGCCUUAAUUUCUUGUUUCGAACUCAUUCUCAUCGAUCAUGUUUUUCUUGUCUUUCACUGGUUCGAAUUGAUUGCAGAUGUGUGCCAUCGAUUCGUGUAUAAUAAUUAACAGGCAAUAAUCUCAGAAUUUUAUAGUUUUACACAUCCACCAAAUUGUUUUCUCGUGUCAUGAAAACUCUCAGGGUUUUACAUGAAUGUUCACGACAAACCCUCUUUUCCUCGAUCUCAAGAGCUUUAGCAUCAGCAGCAACAACUACACAGCUCCACAAACUCCACUCCCUUAUCAUCACUUUGGGUCUCCACCACUCUGUCAUCUUCUCCGCUAAGCUCAUUGCCAAGUACGCUCAUUUCAGAGACCCCACUUCUUCUUUCUCUGUUUUUCGACUUGCUUCUCCUUCAAACAAUGUUUAUUUGUGGAAUUCAAUCAUAAGGGCACUAACCCAUAAUGGGCUUUUCUCCGAAGCUCUUAGUUUAUACUCUGAAACGCAGAGAAUUAGGCUUCAGCCUGAUACUUACACUUUCCCUUCUGUCAUCAAUGCCUGUGCCGGGUUAUUGGACUUUGAGAUGGCUAAGAGCAUUCAUGAUCGUGUUUUGGAUAUGGGUUUUGGUUCGGAUUUGUAUAUUGGGAACGCUUUGAUUGACAUGUAUUGUAGGUUCAAUGAUUUGGAUAAGGCGCGUAAGGUGUUUGAAGAAAUGCCUCUUAGAGAUGUUGUUUCUUGGAAUAGUCUGAUUUCGGGGUAUAAUGCAAAUGGGUAUUGGAAUGAAGCUUUGGAAAUUUAUUAUCGUUUCAGAAAUCUUGGUGUGGUGCCAGAUUCGUACACUAUGUCCAGUGUUUUACGAGCCUGUGGAGGUUUAGGUUCUGUUGAAGAGGGUGAUAUAAUUCAUGGAUUGAUAGAAAAGAUUGGGAUAAAAAAGGAUGUAAUUGUGAACAAUGGGCUCCUUUCCAUGUACUGCAAGUUUAAUGGAUUAAUAGAUGGUAGAAGGAUUUUUGAUAAGAUGGUACUUAGAGAUGCGGUUUCUUGGAACACAAUGAUUUGUGGGUAUUCUCAAGUGGGGUUGUAUGAAGAAUCUAUCAAAUUGUUUAUGGAGAUGGUGAAUCAAUUUAAACCAGACUUGUUGACCAUCACAUCCAUCCUUCAAGCUUGUGGUCAUCUAGGGGACUUAGAAUUUGGAAAAUAUGUCCAUGACUACAUGAUCACAAGUGGGUAUGAAUGUGAUACUACAGCGAGCAAUAUUCUUAUCAAUAUGUAUGCAAAGUGUGGUAAUUUAUUGGCUUCACAGGAAGUUUUUUCUGGAAUGAAAUGCAAGGAUUCUGUGUCAUGGAACUCAAUGAUCAAUGUUUAUAUUCAAAAUGGAAGUUUUGAUGAAGCAAUGAAGUUGUUUAAGAUGAUGAAGACCGAUGUGAAACCAGAUUCAGUCACUUAUGUGAUGCUCCUAUCUAUGUCCACUCAAUUAGGAGACCUACACCUGGGGAAGGAACUUCACUGUGAUCUAGCAAAAAUGGGAUUCAAUUCAAAUAUAGUUGUGAGUAACACUCUUGUGGAUAUGUAUGCCAAAUGUGGAGAAAUGGGGGAUUCACUUAAAGUAUUUGAGAAUAUGAAAGCCCGUGAUAUAAUCACAUGGAAUACUAUUAUUGCCUCAUGUGUUCAUUCUGAGGAUUGUAAUUUAGGAUUGAGAAUGAUCAGUCGAAUGAGGACUGAAGGAGUGACACCAGAUAUGGCUACGAUGUUAAGCAUCUUGCCUGUGUGUUCUUUACUUGCUGCCAAACGACAAGGGAAAGAGAUCCAUGGCUGCAUUUUCAAAUUGGGUUUGGAGUCAGAUGUUCCAGUUGGUAAUGUAUUGAUUGAAAUGUACUCCAAAUGUGGUAGUUUAAGGAAUUCAUUUCAAGUAUUCAAGCUUAUGAAGACAAAAGAUGUGGUGACAUGGACAGCGUUGAUCUCUGCAUGUGGUAUGUAUGGUGAAGGCAAGAAAGCUGUGAGAGCUUUUGGAGAGAUGGAAGCAGCUGGUAUUGUUCCUGACCAUGUUGCCUUUGUUGCUAUCAUCUUUGCAUGUAGCCAUUCUGGUUUGGUAGAAGAAGGUCUUAAUUACUUUCACCGGAUGAAGAAAGACUAUAAAAUUGAGCCUAGGAUUGAGCACUAUGCUUGUGUAGUUGAUCUUCUAUCCCGAUCUGCUCUUUUAGAUAAAGCAGAGGAUUUCAUCCUUUCCAUGCCAUUGAAGCCAGAUUCAAGUAUAUGGGGGGCUUUACUUAGUGCUUGUCGGAUGAGUGGAGACACUGAGAUUGCAGAACGUGUCUCAGAACGGAUCAUCGAAUUGAAUCCAGAUGAUACUGGGUAUUAUGUUUUAGUCUCAAAUAUUUAUGCAGCUUUAGGGAAAUGGGAUCAAGUGCGCUCAAUACGGAAAUCGAUCAAAGCUAGAGGAUUGAAAAAAGACCCUGGAUGUAGCUGGAUGGAAAUUCAAAACAAGGUCUAUGUUUUUGGCACUGGGACCAAGUUCUUUGAACAGUUUGAAGAGGUUAAUAAGUUAUUAGGCAUGCUUGCAGGCUUGAUGGCUAAGGAAGGUUAUAUUGCCAAUUUGCAAUUUGUACUGCAUGACAUUGAUGAGGAUGAGAAGAGAGACAUACUUUGUGGGCACAGUGAAAGGCUUGCCAUAGCAUUUGGGUUGUUAAAUACUAAACCAGGUACCCCUUUGCAGGUAAUGAAAAAUCUUCGGGUUUGUGAGGAUUGCCACACUGUGACCAAGUACAUAUCAAAGAUAGUGCAAAGAGAAUUAUUAGUUAGAGAUGCCAAUCGCUUUCAUGUGUUCAAGGAUGGAGCCUGUAGUUGUGGAGAUUAUUGGUAAGGGAUAUGAUAACAUCUUUGAAUGAUUGAACAAGAUUGACAAUGGAAGAAAAAGGGAGCAUUUUUUUAUGUAUCAUAUGGAUGCCCAUAUUGGGAAAGGUCAGACUGGCUUCACAUUAUGCCAUUAUUUGAUCAUGUUCGAUGUUUUGAAUCUUUUGAUACCCAGCUUUUUUAUUACAGGAGUAUUCGGAGCAUCAAAGUACAACUUACCUCUCAAGUUCCCAUAUGACACCAUAAAGUUGUUUGAAAUAUUUUAGCUGAAAUUGGGGUCCCGAGAUAGUCAGCUGUCAAAAUCCCUUUGUCAUAACCUGAAGUUUCCAAUGGUGGCAGAAGCUCAAAAUUGAGAAGUAUAAGAAACAUUGAGAUUUGGCCUAAUUGAUACUGGGGGGUUUGAUCUUAAUGGAGAAAGCAACUAAAUAAGGAAAGCAAAGAAUCAUGAACUGGUUCAUUUAGAUGCUGCUGCUGUGCAGCUGGCAUCAAGAAGGGCAUGGCAAUUGGCAAGCAUUUGGGCUUGAGGUGGCCAGUUAUCUUUAAUUAUCUGAGCAUCUGCAAAAUCUUGUAUCCAUGCAGACAACAAUGGCAACCUCUCCUCAUGCACAAUCUUCAGGCCAGCAAUGUCCUUCAAUAUGCUGAUCAAGUUAUCAAGCCAACCUAAUGCAAGAUCAACAAAUCUGAUGGUGUCCUCCUGCCACGAAUUUUUCAGGGUCUCCAUAAGUCGAAUUUUGCCUUCCUCCUGCUAUUUCCCUUGCUUGAUGAAGACACCCUGGACUGAUGUCAAACCCUACACCAAAACAAAUUCACAUGUAGCAAACUAUAAAGCCUUUCUCAAAGCUGUUUCAAGUGAGGAAAAACUUGAAAGAACAACCUUUUUGUCACCUAAUUUGGCCCAGAAGCAUGCCCUGACUUUCUGAUAGGGGUCCUUGGGCAACAGGGGAGCUUGCUUCCUUCCCUCAUCAAUGUUUUUGAGAAUGACAAGCAAUUCAUCACCAGUUUUUCCAUUGUGUACAAGCACUGGAAUCUUUUUGUAGGCAGGAUUAUAACGGAGGGCUCUUGUUGAAGAGAUUUCCAACAAUGGUUUCGUAUUCUAUGCCUUUGAUUUUGAGAGCCCAAACAAUCCUCAGAGCAAAAGGGUUUGUCCAUGUUCUGAAAAGCUUCACCUAUUCUGCCAUAAUGUUUUGACCCAGCAAAUGAAAUAGCAGCUGAGGUGUCCCUUUCAUCCAGAUUUGUGCCAUGGAAUUUUCCAAUAUUUUACUUUAAAUAUCACAUUUUCCUCAUGUUUCCUCAGAAUAUUAUCCAUUCCCUCCCUUAGUUUGUUCUCUAACUUUGGAAUAUGGAUAAAAAGCUUUCCUUUUCCCA